AUGAUACCCUCCCCGGUGCAAGACAAAGUCAUCGCCAUCACAGGGGCAUCAUCGGGCAUCGCAUAUGCCACGGCACACUACCUGGCGGAGAGAGGUGCAAAGCUCUCCCUUGCCGAUAUCAACGCGGAGCCGUUGCGGAAGAUUGCCGAGGAGAUCAAAGCCGCCCACGAUGUCGAAGUCAUCUACUUCAAGGUCGACGUCCAGAAUGUCGACGACGUGACUGCAUGGAUUGACGGCACCGUCAAGACCUUUGGCCGGCUGGACGGCGCUGCCAAUCUCGCCGGAGUCAUCGGAAAGACGAUCGGCGUCAACGGGGUGGAGGACUGUGACGAAGAUGACUGGAACUUCAACAUCUCGGUCAACUUGACCGGCGUAAUGCACUGCAUGCGAGCCCAAAUGAAGGCCAUCUCGGACGGAGGCAGCAUCGUCAACGCUUCCAGCAUCGCCGGCCAGAUCGGACGGCCGUUUGCCGCCUCGUACGCGGUGAACAAGCACGGCGUCGUGGGAUUGACCAAGUCGGCGGCAAAGGAGAUUGGAAAACGCGGAGUGAGAGUCAAUAGCGUCGCUCCCGGACCGAUAGCGACGCCCAUGAACUUGGCUGCUCAAAAGAUCUCGGACAAGAAUUUGGGCAAGGAGUCGGAGGCUUCGCGGAUCGCACUCGGCCGGCAUGGCAAGCCGGAAGAGGUGGCUGCGCUCGUGGCCUUCUUGUUGAGCGAUGAGGCCGGAUUUAUCACAGGAGCGACGUAUAGCGUUGACGGUGGUUGGUUCUGCUAG